UUCCUUUCUCUUUGGCUGCAGUGGUGGAGAGCCGAGGAGGGAUCAUGGACAGCAUCCAGAGAUUCUCCAACCUGCCAACCUAUCUCCCUGCAAACCCCCACAUCUCCAAUGCUGAUACUUUCUUCUUCCUCAAGGAAGCCAACCAGGAUAUCAUGAGGAACUCCAGUUUGCAGUCCAGGGUGGAUUCAUUCUUUAUAUACAAAGCCAAACAGCCACCUGUCCUAAACGCCACGUACGGACCCUUUUCUGUUGAACAACCCGUUCCCUUGGACCUCAUGCUGACUUCUGCAUCUUUUGGUUUCACAAAUAAAUUCACUUUUAAUUGGAAAUUAAAAUCCCACAUAAUCAACAGCUCAAUCUAUUCCAACAAACCCAAAAUACAGACCCUGUUCUAUAUAGCAGGGAAGGACUGGGACGACUACGACUCCGAGGAGAUGCUGCCUUGUGUGAAGAUGUUUGCUUUCCUGGAGUCCAGAGAAGUGGUGGCCAGCUGCAGAUUGACAGGCCACCUGGGAUUAUGCGUGGUGGAGCUGGAAUUGUCCCCCAGCUGGUUCAGCUCCCCUCCACCCCUGCUUUCAGAGGAAACAGCCUCCCUGGAAGGGAUUACUGUGGAGCUCUUCUAUAAGAUUUAUGCAGUGGAUGGGGAAUGUUCUCCAGAGGAUGCAAAAUGGGAAAACAAUAUCCAUGCAGGUGAAGAGAAUGAGCACCAAGCUUUGUCAGCCAUGGAGAGGAUUGGUAGCAUCGUUGUUUACCCAAAUCAGGACAAAUUAAAGCAGUCGUCUCUGAGGGUGGAUGAAAAUAUCCUUAUUCACUUGCCACUCAGCCCAGUCAGAGAGGGGGACAUUGUGACCUUCCAUGUUUUCCUGGCUGAUUACUCGCUAGCAGACCAGUUUGUAUUAAGGAUCAGGACGGCCCCAGGCGUGAGGAUCUCGGACAUCAGGGUGAGCGACGCUGACCAGUGGGGAGUGCAGGAGGAGACGGACAGCGCGCGGAGCACGGCCACGCUCACCUGCGUGCACAACGACCCCGGCGCCAUGGACAGGUGGGUGAGCCCUGGCCUGAAUCCUGCCCCACACACACUGACCCCAUCCGUGAGCUGCAGCGCUGCUCCUCUGCCUCCCUGCAAACCUGCAUCUGCUCCCGUGACAGCUUCGUUCCCUUUGUUUCACUUCUUGGGAAUGGAUUAUUGAAUUGAACUGGAGGCA